CUCUUCACUGAGUGGACUUACUUAGAAGGCUGAUUCAAAGAGGACCUUGCAGAGGACUGAUAAACAUUGUUCUGCGGCUUGUCAGGAUUUCGUUCCACCUAAAGAACAAGAAUGGAUUUUCAGAAACUAUUUUUCGCUUUAUUUUUCAUUCUGAUGAGCCUCCUGCUUAUUAAUGGACAGAGACCAGUAAAUAAUGGUCAGCGCAGGCGAAUACACAGACACAACUGUUUCCUGAAGAGGUGUAUGCCCCUGCAUUCAAGAGUGCCUUUCCCUUGAGAAUGUGUGCCAGGAUUCUGCAAGGUGCAACAUCUGCAGAAAACGUCUUUCUUCCAUCGGUGAUCCAAACCGCUGAUAUUGACUACAUGGGCCAACACCGUGCUUCCCUUAACUCGCCCACUGUCUGGGAGAAACUGUACGACAUUCAGGAACAUUGCCAAGGACCAGGCUUGACCUGAAUAAUUAUUUUGGAGACUUGGACAAGAAAAAGCAAAAAUGCAAAUUGGGCAGUAAUGCAGACUGCCUAAAUACCCAAUGGAGAGAGCAUAAAACAAGUGCCUGGACAACAAAAA